UUUUUUUUUUUUGGAGUCGACUCGCAGCUCUACUCUAUUGCCCAUGUCUGUGCUGCUCCUGCUGUGGUGUACAGACCCAGCUGAGCACAUUUCACCGUUAAUGACACUGUUAUAUGGCGGAGCGGCCCUCCACAGGGGCGAGCGGGAUACGGCUCAGUCACGGAGCGGACGAUGGACCGGAUCGAUCGAGAUUAUCGGUGAACGAUGAUCAAAGCUGCCGUCAGCUCCAGGACGAGGAAACGCAGACGAAGAAAACAGAGAAUGGAAAAAUAAAUGGAUUUGUAGUUGAGGGAGAGGAGACUCCCACUUCCCUUGACCUAGACAGCUCUCUGCACUCAGCGAGCCAAAAUGGUGACAAACUCCUACUAGAAUCCGACUUGAAACUGAAACCCUCCGGACAGCUCUCACACACUGGCCUGAAGGGGGAAAGGAAAGGCAAUAACACUAGUAGAAACAGUAUGGACUGCAAAAAUGACAAGCCCUCAGAGUUGACCGCACAUGAGGGCAAAAAGGAGGCCCUGGCGUCUCUAAACGGCGUGGUGACACUAAACUGUGGGCCACUCACCAACGGUUAUCCUGGCAAGCCCGGCACAGACAACGAUGGCAGCGGCUCGGAAAGCGGUUACACCACACCGAAGAAGCGCCGAGCCCAGCGGAACGGCAGAUCUUUGGACAAUGUGACUUCUUCAAGCCAGGUCAAGGCCAUGCAACAGGCCAGUAAGCAAGAACCAGGGCCAGCCGCUCUAGAACUGGCCGACAGAACCUCAGCGGCGCUGGUGGAAAUCGGCCGAGCCUCAAAGACAGACAGCCAUUCCGGUGGCUUGACUAAAACUAGAGAGGCAACCACUACCCCACCUGCACUACAGACGUCCGAGGUUUACCGGAAAAGCGCUGGGAAAAAAUUUGAGGAUAAGUCCACUAAAACGAAAGUGGCAGCAUCAGCUAAAGAGGACUCGUGGACUCUGUUCAAGCCACCACCUGUCUUUCCUGUGGACAACAGUAGCGCGAAGAUAGUGCCUAAGAUCAGUUAUGCAAGUAAAGUGAAGGAGAACCUCAAUAAGUCAGCCCAGACUGGCACCGAGAUUCCCGCUCCUGCUCCACAGGUACCUGGGAGGCCUUCGCAGGUGCCCAUGUCGGCUGUGAAAACCAUCACCUCGGCCAGCUUUAGCAAUGGUGAUGGCAGCACCUGCCCUCUGCCUGGUCCCCACUUCAGCUCGGUCCCCAGUUCCUCCCCUGUGCCAGUCGUCUCCUCAGCAGGCUCUGAUCAUGUAGCAUCUUCCUCCGGCAGUAGCUGCAAUCCCUCCACCUCCACCUCAACUACCACACCUGAGCCCAGGAAGCCUAAUCUGUUCGUUUACCCCCUUUCUGCCUCCUCCUCUUCCAAUAUGCAACUUUCUCUCCCCAGCGGCCGUCAAUCUGACCCUCCACCCAAUCAGAAAUCUCUGGGCGACAUCUUUCAAAACCAAUGGGGUUUGUCGUUCAUCAACGAACCCAGCGGCGGUCCAGAAGGUCCGACAUGCGGCUCGACGGCAAAGGCCAAACCCGGAGAGGUGAGCUUUCAGGGAGGCUGCACUGCCGCUGUGGCUACACAGACACACAGCGUCCCCCAGAGGCCGGAUCAGUCAGCUUUCACAGACAAACGGACUAGCGUGAGUAAAGGAGGAAACCUCACACCGUCUGCAGCCAGCGGGUCUACUGAAGGCUCGCUUCAGGGCUUGAACCUCGAGGUGGAUACGCAAAAGGACGAGCCUGGGGUUUCUGGUGCAAUAGUGUUUUGCUCUUCCUCUAAGGACGUUGGGGCAGAGCUACCGCGCAAGCUGUCUCUGCCCAGAGAGCAAGGCUACACUAAGGGCUUCGAGAGGAAAGCCAGCUGGGACUUUUUUGAUCUUAAAGCUGCUGUAGUAUAUCACACUAAAGAAAUGGAAUAUAUUUUGAAUUUGCAAAAGCAAGAUCCAAAUCGCGUAGUGCUCUACAGUGAAUCUAAGAACGGUCCUGAUCAGUGAGGCUCAGUCUGGACACGCCGUCUCCUCAGCCGGACUCCGCUAAGAAAAAGAUGCGCUUCAAGAAACCCGGUUGCAGCCUCUGACUCGGAAACGAACAUCGUGACACAGAAUAAAGCCGCUCUCGAGACGGAGUGUUUAAAGAGGCUGAGCGCAGAGUGGAUGAAACGGGUUGGAAUAAAGGACGUGAAACGAGGACCUGGAGCCAAGACACUCUGCUUCUAAAGCAGGACCUGUUUUUCGUUUGUUUUUGUUUUGUUUUGUUUUGCUGAAGACAAUUCAAUUCAAUUCUUUUUUUUUUUUUUUUUUUUUUUUUUUUUUUUUUUUUUAGGGUUGUUCACGAAUUCACAAACUCUUACAGUACGGCUUUUCUUUUAAAAGCGGAGAUGGCGGACUUUGUCCUGCUGGCUGCCUGGGAAGAGGAAGAACCUCGCAUUCGGACGCACUGCGCUCUCGUGUUCGAACACACUGAAAUCCUUUUGACGGGCAUGAAAAAAAAAAAAACGUCGCCCUCUAGUGACUGGGGGUUAAAUCAUGGAUGAUGAACUGUUCAAUGUUUCAGGGGACACAAAAUACCGUUUAGGUCGAGCUGGCGCUUGCUAAGGCCUUGGGAUAAUUGUCUUAAUUUUGUGAAUGAAUUUGGAUGCGUCAUGUUAUUGACUUUUCGUUUUCUGCUUUUUUUUUUUUUUUUUUUUCAUUUCAGUUAUACUUAAAAUAGAAAUGAAAUUCUAAGGUUUCCAGGGUGCACUUAAGUGAGAAUAGACUUGCAACUGCUGUCUGCGUACGUCCUCUGGAAGAUUCACUAGUCUUAUUGUCGUUUUUUCACCUUUCGCGUCACCGUGUAAUCCUGCCUGCGCACCUACGGCAGAGACGAAGCUACAGUCUGACUUUUCUUUUUCUUUUUUUUUUUUUUUAAUCAUUUUACAUUUUCAGUUUUACAUUAGCUCCCAGUGGAUGAGUAGAGAAGAUAAGAUGCACCACGAACGUUAAAAUCGCUUCAGCACCAGUUCUUUUUCAGUUUAUUAUUUCCUUAGAGUGUCUUUUCUUAGUCUGUUUCUCUCUGUAUGUAUUUUUUUUGCACAAGGAACAGAAUCUGCUGUUGUGGUGUGAGUUGUUUUUAGGGCUACAAGGCCACGUAUUAGCAUGACACGAUAACGGUUUGUUAAUGCACAUGAACAGGCACCCAGCUUUUUCCUUUUUUUUUUCUUUUUCUCUGUUUUCAACAAGCACCAUUUAUUUUUAUCUUUUUUAAUGCAUUCACAGUGAAACAGGGCUCUGUUCCUUUAUUCUCAAGCUCUUGGAUUUAUAAUUUAAAGCCGGCGUCAUCAGGCGUUCGGCUUUUCUACAGCCUGAAGAUGUUAUUUGUUUGUUCAUUUUCUUUAGUGUCAGGAAGCAAAUAUUAAGAUUUAACUUUUCUUUUUCAUCUAUUUUAUCUCAUCACAAGAUAAUUGAUUCAUAUAUUAUAUAUAAUGAGUAGCACUUUAUGUAUUUUUAAAUUGUAUUAUCUUGACAGAACAUCGACAGAUCAGUGCGUAACGGAAAUUAUAGCGAUAACGAAUAGGAUACUAAUUUCUAACAACAGACUGGAGGUCCUUGUAAAGGAGAAAAUACUUUAUAUUAAAAAAAAAAAAAAAAAAAAAAAAGGAAUGAUUUAGAAAAUGACACAAGGAGAGUGAGAUGAAAUGAAAUGUACCAACAGUGUUAUUGCCAAAAAUGAAAAAAAAAAAGGGUGUCCAUGUUUGCUACAAAUCUUUCUUUUUUUUGUCUGUCUAACGAAACUGAUUUUAGACUGUAGUAGAAAGCCAAGUGGAUCAUUUAGCAUUGUGUACCGUUUCUCUCUCUCUUUUUUUUUCUAUACAGGGUCAUAAACACUGCCAGCUUCAGAGGUGGAAAAAAUGAACAGUGAUUUCCCGCUUCAGACGAAACGCUCUGAAUUUGACCGUUUCUUUGGCUUUGUUGUCGCUUUCUGUUCCUGAAGCUGGCUUGCGGUUCAGCCCUGGAUCUUUACGAGACAUUUCACUGCAUCAGCCAGAUAAUUAACCCGUACAUCAUAACCGAGAUAACUAUAAAGGUUAUUUGUUUGUUUUUUAAAUGUUUGCUUUCUUUCUGUUUUUCUUUUUUGCUAUAAUUCACCUUCACUACUUUCUCCUUGACUUCUUGACAGUUGUGUUAGAAAUCAGUUAGCGUGAGUUGGUCCUAAGCCUUAGCAAACAUAGUGUUUACUUUAAAGCACCCUAUAAAAGGUAGGUAUUUGUUCUCUUUUUUUCCUUUUUUUUUUUUUUUUUCCUUUUUUUUUUUCUUCAAAGGAUGUGAUUAGAGCAGUACAGACCCCCUGAAGGGACAUUUACCAAAAAAAAAAAAAAAAAAAAAAACCUAAACAUGCAUACAGACUAAAAAAAAAAAAUCUUGUGAAAACAGAAAUGAUCACGUGUGCAUUAGAUAAUUUUCUGUUUUCACAAGAUUUUUUUUUUUUCUGAAACAAAAGGACAAGGUGUAAUGUUUUUUUAUUGUAAUUACUGUGUGCAAACCCCUUACGGUCUUGUUUUCUUUAAAAAAAAAAAAAAAAGAAAGAAAUCUUGUGAAAACGAAUAAAUGAAAAUGAAACCAAAAUUAUAGUGUGUGCAGGAGAUAAUUUUCCAUUUUCACAAGAUUUUUUUUUUUUUUUUAAACAAAUGGAUAUUGUGUAAUGGUAUUUUAGGGAAUUAUUGCUUGCGCACCUCUUACUGUCUUGUUUUUGUUAGGAAAUAAAAAUCUUGUGAAAAUGGAAAAAUAUCACAUGUACAUGAAAUGAUUUUCCAUCUUCACAUGAUUUUUUAUUUUUUUUUUCUUUCCUGAAAAGCUUUUUGUUAGUAUGUAAGGGUUUUGUUUUUUUUUGUUUUUUUUGGUCCCUUCAGGGUCUCUAUAGAGUAGAGUAGAGGUGUGCGUGGGACUACUUUCUUUAAAUCCCAAUCCUGCUCAAUCUGAUUAUCCCAUAAUAUUUUCUUAGUUCUGUUUGCCAAAACAUAAACUUAUUAAACAGCGCUAAACAGGAUGGAGAGACUUUACCACAGUGCUGUUGAAUUCUUGAUUCGGAUCAGUCAGAAGGUGUGCACGCUCCAUAUAAUUAAAAAAAAAAAAAAAAAAAGUAAGCAAAACCAUAUUACUCACUGAUAUUUAACAUUCAUGGAAGGAGUCUCCAGUGUCAGCGCUUUGUAACAGUCAGUUUUUCCACCGUGGGAAAGUCUUAAGGACGCUUUGCGGCUUCUCAGUAACAUGACGAUUCGUUAAAAAUUUUUUUUUUGUCUUAUUAACUCAAGGGAAAGGAAAAAAGAGAGACAGCUGAGGGAACGACUGUUUAUAGCUGCUGUAACGUAAGUGAGAACAGGAACUAACUUGUUAAAUGACACUUUAAACGAAUGAAAAGUUGGCAACUCAUAACCGGUGGCAGUUUGUUGUGGUAUAAGAGGAAUAAAACACCUUGGGAUGUGCUGUUAUAGGAAAAUAAUCAAUGUCGGGCUGGUGUGAUGAUGUGACGUCGAUUGUUUUCCAAUAAUUGCAUGUUUUGUUCCUCUUACAGCACCGCUUCAUCACACGACCUCGUUGAGUUCUAUACUUUCCUAUAACACAACACCGCCAAGAGUUUUCCCACUCGGCCGAUAUUAAUGAACGUGGCAUUCCUUUUUCCUGCAAGCUUCAUAUCUGACCCUGUGUGUGAAAGUAAACACGCCCUUUUCCACACCUUAUCUGUAUUUAUUUAUUUGUUUUUGGGUCCUGAUGCACACCUCGAGCUCAGAGUUAGUCGUGUAGUACUACAGCACACUUUUUUUUUUUUUUAAUUAUUUUUUUUUGAGUGUGCUGCACCACUUCUUUUUUUUUUCCUGACCUUUUUAUCUAAACGCUUCUGGUGUGGAGCUGGAAGACUCGGCGGAUGCACAUACAGAACUUUGAUGCACAGAAAUCCUAUUUUAGGGGGAUGCACAUCAAGCAUAAGUCUUUAUUUGAUCCGUUAGAAGCACUUAUUCCCCGUCGAUUUUAGAGUUAAUAGCUAUAAAUAUAUAUAUAUAUGUAUAAUUAUGCACACUAAUCAAAACCCUUGAUUUCACCUCUUGAUUUCAAACCCACGAGUUAGUAAAGAAGUGCGAGAGCAGGGAGAGAUCAUCGUACUGAAACUAGACUGUUUAUUCUGUACAUUGGAAACGUUUCUACGUCAGCGUAUACAUUUUUCUACUACACGUGUUACGUUUGUUGUGCCGUUCCGACUGGUGCGUCUGUCUGUCUGUCUGUCUGUCCGUCUGUGUGUAUGUCUGAGCAUGUGUAUUCGUCUUCAUCUAACCACUCAACGAUGCGCAGUGUUGAGAACUUGCUUACUCCCGAGUCCAGGCCACGCUGCCUGCGCUGUAAGAAAUAUUAAACGAACCCCAUCAGAACAUGGAGAAAAAAAAAAAACCCAACCCCCGCACCUCCCCCCCUCUCUCUCUCUCUUGCUUCCCCACGUUCCCCUUCUCUCCAGCACCGUUUAAGUUGUGCCAUGUUUUGACUGUUAAAAAAAAAAAAAGAAGUUUGAAUUAAUAUUUCAUUUUGCGUGUUGCUCUGUCUGCAUUUCCUCCUGCGGUAAUGAAGAGGAGGGCAACGUUCCGUUUCAACAAUCUUCGUCACUGCUAAUAAACUCGAUGAAAAUGAAA